GACGGAUGGAUGAUGGCGUGACGCACGAGACGCAUCUCGCGUAACGACAUCACGCAAUCCGUUCUGGACUCCGGCUCCACGAAAUUAAUUUCGGCGCUCCGAAAUCUCGCCGCGGUAUUUCGCACGGUAUUCCUCAUUAUCGGUGCUCGCGAGAGUCUUGGCCCCGUUCCUUACGCAUCCUGUCCUGUCACCUGUAUGGCCCUGUGACACCCAGCUCUGCGCGGUCGCGACGCGAAGAUGGCCCGGGACGCAGGCGUCGUCUACCUGCUGAUCGUGAUCGCGCACCUGUGCUCGUGCGCGCGUUACGGCAGUUAUGAUUACAAUCAUUACGCCGAAUAUAGCCUUGAGAACGAAAAGAUUUGCCAUGUUCUGAAUAAGAAGCAUACGCUUGACAUGCAACACGGUGCCGCGGCGAUCGUCAUGCCGCACCACAUGUUCGAUCACUGGGUUGUCAAGGCCAAUCGCAAUUGUACGUUCGUCUUCCGGACUGGCAAAAACGAGGGCCUCUUCGCGGUUAUUCAGAAGAUGUUUCUCCGUCGCGACGGCGAUCGGUGUGUUGAUUACAUACGGUUCAAGAGAAGCGAUGGUUUUUACACAAGCAAGUUCUGUGGAGAGAUAGACCGCAGCCAGACAACAUACCUUCCGGUUCCUGACCCUGAGGACAAUUUGGGUAACAUAAAUGAUAGCCGGUCACCUAAUUAUGAUAUAUAUGCGGAAUAUGAUCCUGUUAAAAAAUCAAAACUGUGGUCUAUUCGAUCGGACUCUGCUAUGAUAGAAACCGAAAUAUUCAUCUCCAAAGAAAGAGUACCAGAUGGACAGUCUCUGGACCUUACAAUAGUUUAUACCCCAUACAUGAAGUGCGAUCAGACAAAUUCCGAGCACUAUCAGGCGGUCGGAUACAACAACUGUAUUCGGAAGGAAUAUAUAUGUGACAAGAUCUACAAUUGUCCUUUUAGUAUAUGCUCAGAUGAGGUGAAUUGCGUGAUCAAUGAUCGGUAUCCCAAGGACAAUACUGCCACAAAAGUCACUGUAGGAGCAGUUACCACCAUGAUUCUCUGCUUCAUAAUCUUCAUUUUGUGUCUAUGGAUCUGCAAGAAAUCACAAAAGUUGUGCUGGUCAUCGGAUUGCGCCGGUCCGAAUGUGUGCUCGCGGCCGGUUUCCUUGCCGGACGCGGACGGAGCUCAGGGAUCCAAUCGCGCAGUGCCAACGGCUCCCAUGUUAGAGGUCGCGAUGUCCUCGCCUGUCGUAGACAAAGAUCUACCACCCAGUUACGACUCGUUGUUCCCCGAACAAAGUAAUCCUGCUAGAUCGUAAGUUAUUGAAUUCAAGUAUGAACUGAAUGAUAAUAUGAGAGUGCAUUAAACAUACCGUCUAAUGUUUUAAUUAGACGCUGCGUUGUCGCGCAUCUAGUGACAUAACUAGAUCGAUUUUUCUCUACGUACAUUCAUACACUAUUUUCCAAAAUGUGAGCUGGAUUUUAUUACGAAAGAAAACGCUCUGAUAAAUUAACAGAUGUUUCAUGUAUCAGUUUUGAUUCUGUGUAGUCGAUUUCAUGGAAAUGUGAACUGAAUGUAGUGUAAUUUCUUGCUAAUCAAAUGAUAGAUAAAUCAGUUAUGAUUAGGAUGCAAAACUACACAACAUCAACUAUACUUUGUUCUUUGAUAAUAGAUCAAGAUGGGAGUCUUAAUUAAUCGAUAAAUUGUUUCAUGCAUAUAUUUCAAUCAUUUUAACCAAAGUAAUUACAUUUGGAGCACUGCUGCUCACCGUCCACAUCAAAUUGCGCCACUGCAUGCAGUACAUUUACACGCAUUUACAUGCAGUUAUAUUAACACCACACAAUCAUUGUUUCUUAUUGUAUAUUAGUAAGAUUAUACGAAAUGCAAUGGUAGAUAGGUUAAUUAAAUUUAUUUUUUUCUUCUGUAUAGUUUAAAGUUUCCGUUUCUUAAUUGCCUUAUUGAAUUAUGACGUCAUAAAUGGAAAAUCGUAGUUCAUAUUUUUUGUUGCAUAUAGGCUGAGAUAAAUUAGAUUUUUCAUAUGCCUUUAUUAGUGUUCAAUAACGUAUUGUAAGAAAAUUCAUACAACAAUUCCCACUUCUGACAUAACUUAUGAUUGCAGUAGGAAAAUGGGAAUCUUGAAUUGUAUAUUUCUACGUUUUGUAUUAUUUUUAAAUAAAUAUUGAAGAAAUAAUACCACAUGAAUUUUGUUCAUUGAAAACUACAACGAAGAAAUAGGCCUCAAAAUAACUUCUUAGUUGAUGGAAUAUUACUUUCCAUAUCAAAAUAACGGUAUAGUAUUUUUUAACUAUGUUAAUUAAAUUUAAAGUUACAUCAACUUCUCAUCAACUUCCGUAUUAAUUUCUAUUAAGUUAUGAUCUUGUAUUAAGUAUGAUAAUGUUUAAUAUAGCAAUAAUACAUAUCUCGAAAAAGAAAAAAUUUGAUGGGAUCUGUUGUGUUCAUAGACAUUCGCGAAACGAGUUGUAUGUGAACUUACUGUAUUGUAGCAUAUUUUAGUAAUGUUACGUCUUACUUGAAUA